UACGCCUGUUCGCACUCUCCACGUAUCCUUCCGUAGCGUACUUAGAAACGAGUUCUCCCGUGCCCGAGGCAACGCGUCACAAUAAACAGCUGCGGCCACGGUCCCUAUAGGCCGCGCGCGGAGCGUGCGGAGGCGCUUCGCAGGGAGGCGUCGCGCGCAGGAGUUGGCGCGACGUGGCUUGUAGCCCCUGUCGCUCCUGUGGCAGAGUUAACGCGGCCCCGACCUCAGACGACCUGGUGUCGGCUGUCGGACGGGGUGUCCUUCUGAGAGGUGACUUGGUCCUCGGGGCCGCAGGGUGUUGUCCUUUAGAUGCGUCCCUACUCAGAGCCUGUUUCCUUCAUGGGAAGUCAUUUUCCUGUCGCUUCAGUGUUCCGCCCCUCCUCCACCGUCCCGUCCCCUCAGCGCUUGAAGCUUAAGGGAAUCUUGCCGAAGUCAGCUUGGGGUACACUUCAGCCUGCGCUCGCCGGCUUAGGUUGUAAGCAACCUGGGGCCAGGAUCCGUGGUGCCCUUUGAAAUGUUUUCCUAGCUUCUGUCCGCGAGCUUUACCCAGAGGAGGGGUUUGCGAAGUGUUUGUUGAAGGAACGAACGAUUCUGUAAAUGUGGGUCACGAAGAGUUAAGUAGUGGGAAAAUUCAAGGCGGGAACUUCUCCUUUCCUUUUCCCCUCUGUGGCUCGCUGGGUCGUGCGCCGGGCGCUGCGCAGACGCUGGAAACACUGGGGUAAGGAAGAGCCAGACUCUCCCCGGUGCCUGCCCUCGUGGAGCCAACAGUUUAGUGGAGGAAAACAGCUGUUGAUUAAAGGAUGCCCACACGUUGUACGUGAACUCAUAACCCGUUAGAUAAACCAUGGCGAGGGCUUGGGAAGGGAAGUACGUGAGAGAUAAUUAAAGAAGUGAUCAAUGAGCUACACAGCCCGAAGGAUCCGUGUUAGCUGGGGGAACUAAAGGAGUCGGCACGGUGAAGUACUCGCAGGAAGCGAAACAGCAGGUGCCAUGGUCCUGUGGCUGCAGCGAGCCUUAUCUGAGAAUUGAAAGAAGUCAAAUGGAGCCCAGAAAGUAGGAUUUUGCUAUAAAGAAAUAACCAUAGUGAACCCUCUGAAGUUGUCAAUAUAGAGAAUACCACCACAAGAAGGAACCAUGCCUGUGGAAGGAGGGAAAACGGAUAUGGAGAGGAUUGGCCUCUUCAGUGAGAUGGAAUAUAUUACUGUUGGUGAUAAAUAUGUGUCAUCAUUUAAUCGACCUUUUAAUGAGGCUGCAAGCAAAAAUAAACAGAUGCUUCCUGGGGGAUCCAAAGAAAUGUCGAAUCUCCAGGCUGGUUAUUUUGAUCCCCAUUUUGUAAGGAUAUUUGAAGGUGAAGGCUAUGUAAGUCUGAACCAAGUGAGGAGACAGCGUAUGAUGGAAGAAGCCAAAAAAAAUCUAGGCAAAGCCUUCCUCCCUAGUAGUGGAGAUAAAAAGCCAUGUGGUUUAGGAAGCUACUAUGGCACAUUAGGUGGUCCCGUGCCAUUCUUCAGUGCACAGUCAAAACCCAGAGAAAAAUAUGAGGCACCUGGAAAGAAUUUAUACACAAACCCAGGAAAGAAAGGAACUGGAUAUGGCUAUGCAAAUAUUACCAUUGGUAAGCAGUUUUCACACUCUGCUGAUUUCUAUGAUGCACCGAAACUAAAUUAUAAGAAGGAGAAUGAAGAACACCACCGUUUAGUUAAAGGAACACCUUUCAAGUUAAACCUUUACCCAAGGGAAUAUUUUGAUACCAAUCCUUAUUCAUUUGAGAAAACUUUACCACCAAUUAAAAAAACAGAGAAGAAAGAAUUACUUUCACACCCCUUUAAGCCCUCUUCUCCAGGUAAAAAGAGAGGGAGAAAGAGACAGAGUUGGAGAGAGAAGGUACAGAGGAGAGGGAAUGAGAAAUCUCAAGCAGACUUUCUGCUGAGUGCAGAGCCCUAUGAGAGGCUCGAUCUCAUGAACCUGAGAUCAUGGCCUGAGCCAAAAUCAAGAGUCGGAAGCUUAAUGGACAGAGCCACCCAGGUGCCCUGCAUGUCUCACUUUAAAUCACAUGCUAGAAAUGAUGAAGACAUAUUGAAAGCAGAGAUAGGCUGAAAGGCUAGGAAUGUUGUGCCAAACAGUUACUCAAGUUGUGAAUGUAAAGGAACAGUUCUUGAAGGAAAUUAAAAGUGCUACCCCAGUACACAUAAAUGAUAGGAAGCAAAACCCGCUUCUUGCUGAUGGAGAAAGUUUUAGUGUUUAGAAGAUCAAGGCUGCCUCAACAUUUCCUUAUGUCAAAGCAAGGCCCCCCCUCUUUCCUAUGAAGGCUGAGAGAAGUAAAGAAGCUGCAGAAGAAAAGUUGAGGCUAGCUGAAGUUGGUCCAUGAGGUUUAAGGAAGGAAGCCAUCUCCGUAACAUAAAAGUGUAAGGUAAGGCAACAAGUGCUGAUACAGCUGCAGCAAAUUACAGCUAAGAAGACCUAGCUAAGAGAAUUCAUGAUGGUGGCUACACUCAGCAACAGAUUUUUAAUGUAGAUGAAACAGCCUUUUAUUGGAAGAAGAUACCAUCUAUGACUUCAAGAGCUGGAGAGGAGAGUUCACUGCCUGGCUUCAAAGCUACAAAGGACAGGCUGGCUCUCUUGUUAGGGGCUAACGCAGCUGGUGGCUUUAAGUUGAAUCCAGUGCCCACUUAGAUAACCAAAAUUGUAGGGCCCUUAAGAAUUAUGAUAAAUCUACUCUGGGUUCUAUAAAGGGAACAACAAAGCCUGGAUGACAGCACAUUUGUUUAUGACAGGAUUUACUGAAUAUUUUAAGCCUACAGUUGAGACCUACUGCUCAGAAAAAAAAAAAAAAGAUUCAAAAUAUUACUGGUUAUUGACAAUACCUCUGGUCACCCAAGAGUGAUGGCAAUAUACAAUGAGAUUUGUUGUUUUCAUGCUUGUUAACACAUCUAUUCAGCAGCCCAUGGAUCAUGGAAUAAAUUCAACUUUCAAGUCUUAUAAUUUAAGAAAUACGUAUCAUAAGGCUAUAGCUGUCGUAGAUAGUGACUCCUCUGAUGGAUCUGGGCAAAGUCAUUUGAACGCCUUCUGGAAAGGAUUCACCAAUCUAGAUGCUAUUAAGAAUAUCGAUAAUUCAUGGGAAGAGGUCAAAAUAUCAACAGUCUGGAGGUUGAUUCCAACCCUCAUGGAUGACUUUGAGGGGUUCCAACUUCAGUGGAGGAAGGAACUGAAGAUGUGGUGGAAACAGCAAGAAAACUGGAAUCAGAAGAGGAGCCCAGAGAUGGGACUGAACUGCUAUUAUCUCAUGAUCAGAGUUUAAUGGAUGAGGGGUUGCUUCUUAUGUCUGAGCAAAGAAAGUAGUUUCUUAAGAUGGCAUCUACUCCUGAUGAAGAUGCUGUGAAGAUUGUUGAAAUGACAACAAAGGAUUUAGAAUAUGACAUAAAUUUAGGUGAUAAAGCAGCAGCAGAGUUUGAGAGGAUCGACUCCAAUUUGAAAGAGGUUCUCCGCUGUGGGUAAAACAUUGUCAAGCAGGUUGCGUGUUACAAGGAAAUCAUUGAUGAGAGGAAGAGUCCAUCAAUAUGGCAAACUUGAUUGUCUUAUUUUAAGAAAUUGCCAUAGCCACACUAACCUUCAGCAGUCACCACCUGGUCAGUAAGCAACCAUUAGCACAUCAAGGCAAGAAUUUCCAUCAGCAAAAAUAAUGAUUCACUGAAAGCUCAAAUGAUGUUUAGUAAUUUUUGCCUUUAGCAGUAAAACAUUAUUAAAGUAAGGUAUGUGCAUUGUUCUUUUUGACACUAUCCUAUUACACAGUUAAUAGACUCUAGCAUAGUGUGAAUAUAACUUUAAAUGUACUGAGAAA